AUUUCCGGUUUACCAUGUCCUUGGAAUCUAACCAGCCAAUCCCCGUGCUUUAACGUUAUGGCUAACCCAAUCAGAAGGGAGAGCGAUUCCUCUGCAGGCCAAUCAGCAUACUGUGUACUGUUGCUGUUGGUCUGGCAGCUGAUGAGGGGUUUGUUUUGGGUUUAAAGAGUCGCCUAGUGAUCGCAGAAGAGAAGAAAUAAAAACAGUUUUCUUACUCUCUCCAGGGUUAUCAGAAGCUGUGAUGUUGUGUAUGUGAUGAAGGUGUCCAGCACUGAAUAGACUCUCAGCCUGAUCCAGUCAUGGAGUUCCGUUUUGGGAAUGUGGUGUUCAGCUCCAGCUUUGAUUCUGGGAAUCUGGCCCGUGUGGAGAGAGUGGAUCAUUCAGAGACGGAUGGCGAGAGCAGCAGACAAGCCAAUGCUUCAGUGCAGACACAGCCUGACUAUGAGUUCAACGUAUGGACCAAACCGGACUGUGCGGAUACAGAGUUUGAAAACGGCAAUCGGUCAUGGUUUUACUUCAGUGUGCGAGGUUUGUUGCCGGGGAAACUGCUGAAGAUUAAUGUGAUGAAUAUGAAUAAGCAGAGUAAACUGUACGCUCAGGGGAUGACACCGCUCGUCCGCUCAAUGCCUGUUAAACCACGUUGGGAGAGGAUUCGAGACAGACCCACGUUUGAGAUGUCAGACAGUCAGUUCAUCUUGUCUUUUGUUCAUCGUCUACUGGACGUUCGAGGGGUCACCACAUAUUUCGCCUUCUGUUACCCGUUCUCAUACACAGAGUGUCAGGAUAUGAUGCUUCAGCUAGACCAGAAGUUUCUGAGCAGCACACAAACACUGGGACCCUGCAGUCCAGUAGACAGUAUUUACUACCACAGAGAGAUCUUGUGUUAUUCUCUGGAUGGAAACAGAGUUGAUCUCAUCACGGUGUCGUCCUGUCAUGGCCUGAUGGAGGAGAGAGAACCGCGGUUGGACAGCCUGUUCCCGGACCUCAGCACCCCACGACCUCACCGCUUUACCGGCAAACGGGUGUUUGUUCUGAGCAGUAGGGUUCAUCCGGGCGAGACGCCAUCCAGUUUUGUUUUCAAUGGUUUCCUGAACUUUAUCACGAGUCAGGAUGACCCGCGUGCACAGACGCUUCGCAGAAUGUUCGUCUUCAAACUCAUCCCCAUGCUGAACCCCGACGGGGUCAUCAGGGGUCACUACAGGACGGACUCACGUGGCGUGAAUCUAAACAGACAGUAUGUAAAUCCCAGUCCAGAUCUGCACCCCUCCAUUUAUGGUGCCAAAGCUCUCCUGCUCUACCACCACAUACACAAUCGCCUAGGCAACUGCACACCCCCUGCCCUCAAAACGUCUAACCAAUCAAACACCACCCCUCCUCUGACCACGCCCACUGAACUAGAACACUGUCUGAACUUCCGAAAUGAGUCGGAUCGAGGAGAGGGGCCGAGGCUGGACCUGUCAGAGAUCCCCAUGCAGUUGGAGGAGAGCUGGGAGAAGGGCGGAGUCAAAAGGGAGGCGGGGUCUUGCGAUGAGAACGAAUCAAUGAUGAACAGAGGUGAAGCACCUCCAUUGUUAAACCCUGCACCUUCUGAACAGAUCCCACCCCAGGACAGCGGAGUGGCCUAUUACAUAGACCUGCACGGGCACGCCUCCAAAAGAGGAUGCUUCAUGUACGGCAACAACCUGUCGGAUGAGAAUGAGCAGGUGGAGAACAUGUUGUAUCCAAAGCUCAUCUCUCUCAACUGUGCUCAUUUUGACUUCCUGGGCUGUAAUUUCUCAGAGAAGAACAUGUACACUAGAGACAAACGCGACGGCCAAUCAAAAGAGGGCAGUGGACGAGUGGCCAUUCACAAAACCAUCGGCCUGGUCCACAGUUACACGCUGGAGUGCAAUUAUAACACGGGCCGCUCGGUCAACACCAUCCCACCCGCCUGUCACGACAACGGGCGAGCCACGCCCCCUCCGCCACCAACCUUUCCUCCGAAAUACACACCUGAGGUGUACGAACAGGUCGGGCGAGCAGUCGCGAUAGCAGCGCUGGAUAUGGCGCAGUGUAACCCGUGGCCGCGGUUGGUUUUGUCUGAGCACAGCAGUCUGAUGAACCUGCGGGCAUCCAUCCUAAAACACGUGAGGAACAGCAAGGGCCUCGCCGCCAACCGCAAAAACAGCAACACCAAGACCGCCAGUCCACCUAAGCCAGCUUUGAGCAGCUCGGCUUCAGAAAACUCCCUGAAUCGCUCGCGCUGUAACGCAGUGGGAAACAGACAGCCGUCUCCACAGCUCAAGAGCUCGCCGAGCUUCACGUUCGGCUGCAGCGGCCCCAGCACGCAGAGGACCCCUCACAGGACCUUAGGGCCCGUCAAAGAGUGUAAAACUCAAGAAAAGAAACGUCCACAUCACCAGAACCAGCGGCUUUCCCUCUGCCAGCCGCCUCCUACUCGCCUCCCUCUCUCACCUUCAUCCUCUUCCUCCUCCCCGUCCUCCUCUUCCUCAGAAGGUGUGGUCAGAGUCCCGGGUCCGUGCUCCAUUAGUGUGUCAGGCAACAGCUUCCACGAGACACGCCCUCUCGAUCAGAGUAAAGACUUUCCUCUGCGGGGUGGGCGGGGCAUCAGGACUGGCAGAUCAGGGCCCACCCAAUCUCAAAUGUUUCAACAAAGAAAACCAAUCACAGGACAGGAACAACAUCAGGAGUCUUUGGACCUCAUGAGGACUUCUAUAGAAUACAGCAGAUGUGAGCUAAAGCCACGGCCCAGUCGAAUCCCAGUACGGAGCGCAGUCCCACCUCUCCCGGGCGGUCUGGAGACACCUGCACUGAAAGUGUGGAAACUAAUCAAACCCGGAAUCAAAAAACACUGGCCAGGUGUGUCUGGGAAAGACGGUUCUUCUCUGCGUCUGACCCCCAAAGUUCUGCUGAAGAGUAAAGACCAGAGAUCUGUAGACCUCACUUAAACAAACAGACCCGAGGAAAUCUGUGGAUCUACUGUACACACACAGAGACACUUCAGGUCUUUACACCUGAUCCUCAGCCAUUGUUUGUGCUUUGACAUUUCAGUAACAGCUCAUACACAACAGUCUGUCUCUACAAAUGCUUAACAGAUUUGUUAAACGGUUACACGGAUGAAACCUCAACAGAUUUAAAGUCUUUAUGCCUCAUCUUAAAGGCACUUCUGUCCAUUAUUGUCUCAUUCGUGUUUUGCAGUGAAAUUUUAUGGACUUUAGUGUUUUUAUCCUAAGUUUUAUGUGAAAGCCUUUAUAAGAUUUUUUUAAAAGGAUUGUGGUACUGCUUAUUAAAGAUCCAAAACUCUAAUUGAGUAAAUUCAUCAUUGAAAUCCUAACACAGAUGAGUAUAAUUUGUCUUUCUUUAUAGAUUGUGUAAAGUCAUGAUGGUUUUCAAAUCUUCACAUAUUUGAUCAAGAAAAUACUUUUGUGAAAUCUGUAUAUUUAA